GAAAGUAUUAUUCCGUAUUCGGCGAAAUUUGAAACUUGCACCUGCACAAAUCGCAAGCCAGGGGCAGGAACUCUCUCUCUCUCUCUCUCUCUCUGUGUGCUUCUCACAGGGAAGGACUGUACGCUUCCCCGUCAACGUCCACGCUCUUCUCAAAUCCUAGGGUUAGGGUUUACGUACUCAAUUCGUCAAGCUGGAUAGGCACCGGGGAGACCGCUACGACAGCGACAGCCACCACCAAGACUCCCACCCCUACCGUCACACUAGAGGCCCCUCUCGCUUCUCCGAUGCGCCUCCCGAAAACUUGAACAAUCACAACCGCCGCAGCCCCAACAGCUUUCGCGGCGGCAAUCUACGGCCCUUUGAGAGCCCCCCCGCCACUCCCCCGGCGGAAGACCAUUUAGGCCCAUGGACGGCGUUGGGGGAGGAGGUUUCAGGCCACUGAGCGGCGCUGGUGGAGGUUUCGGUGCAAAUAAUCAUCAAGCUCCGCUGCUUUCGGGUCAGAAGCGAGGGUUCCCUUUCUCUGACCGCGGAGGCUCGUCACCAGAGCAUUUUGAUGGUGGCAGUUUUGCCAAACUUUUUGUUGGAUCUGUUCCAAGGACAGCCACUGAGGAAGAUAUUCGCCCUUUGUUUGAAGUACAUGGAAAUGUUGUAGAGGUUGCUCUGAUCAAAGAUAAGAGAACAGGACUGCAACAAGGCUGUUGUUUUAUAAAAUAUGCCACCUCAGAAGAAGCUGAUAGGGCCAUAAGAGCAUUGCACAAUCAACAUACUCUUCCCGGGGGAGUGGGUCCUAUACAAGUCAGAUAUGCUGAUGGAGAACGAGAACGCCUUGGUGCCGUUGAGUACAAAUUGUUUGUCGGCUCGCUGAACAAACAUGCUACGGAAAAGGAAGUUGAGGAAAUUUUUUCCAAGUAUGGCAGAGUAGAAGAUGUUUACCUCAUGCGUGAUAAUAUGAAGCAGAGUCGUGGAUGUGGUUUUGUUAAAUACUCUCACAGAGACAUGGCAGUGGCAGCAAUAAAUGCUCUUAAUGGAAUCUAUACAAUGAGAGGUUGUGAUCAACCAUUGACGGUCCGAUUUGCUGAUCCUAAGAGACCCAGGCCUGGAGAUUCAAGGGGUGGUCCUGCAUUUGGAGGUCCAGGUGUAGGUCCUCGUUUUCAGCCACCAGGGGCUAGAGCAGGAAAGAAUUUUGGUGACCCUAUGGGUGAUAGAAUUCCACCCAAUGCUUGGCAUCCAAUCAGUCCACCUAAUUUAAGGCCACCCUCUAAUGCAGAUAUUCGUGGCUUUGGGGGCCAGUUGUUUCCUAGGUCUAGUGACAUGGCAGUGCCUUUGAAUCCGGAAAAAUUCCAGGUUGGUCCUUUGAGUGGCAUUGAUGGCGUUGCUGAUAGUUCCCAUUUGAGACAGGCAGUUACAUCGCAACAGAGUUUUAACCAGUCAACGCCACAACUUCAACCAGUCGGCCAGCAAAUAUCACCAUUCCAGAAGCCUGUUCAGUCGCCUCAGCACUUGCCACCUUCCAUUCAAUCUCACCCUCAGACUUCAGCAUCCUACGCACAAAUGCAGAUGCCCCGUGCAUCACUACAGCAGCUUGGUCACCCACAGCUUCCUCAUUCUGCCGGUCAAACCCCCUUUAGUCAAGCACUGCCAUCUCAACAGUUGCUUGGUUUGGGUGGACAGCUGUCUGUUUCUCAACCUCAGGUUCACCAGACUGCUUCAUCUGCUGCAGUCCUACCAACCCCUCUGGAUAUUAACCUAAAACCCCAUUCUGUAUCUAUCGUUCCCAACCAAUUGCGGCCUCCUGCUUCUGUGUUACAGCAACCACCUCUUCAGCAGCCGCCUUCUCAAUUAGCUCAGAUGCUGUCACAACAGACACAAACUCUGCAGGCAAGCUUUCAGUCGUCUCAGCAAGCAUUCUCCCAACUGCAACAACAGUUGCAGCUGAUGCAGCCAUCAAAUCAAGGUUUAACGUCACUGCAGAGUUCUCAGGCAAUUAAACAGCAGACUCAAUGGGCUGGGAUUGUACCACAGAUAGUUGCCAGUACCCUAGCUACCACUGCACCAGCUACUGAUGUGCCUUCAUCCAAAUCUGCUGCUCCUGUUGUACCUUUACUUACCCAGGCUGUGGCUCCUGUAAAAUGUAACUGGACAGAGCACACCUCUCCUGAUGGAUACAAGUACUAUCAUAAUGGUGUAACUGGUGAAAGCCGGUGGGAGAAACCUGAAGAGUUGGCAUUAUUAGAACAGAAGCAUCAUCAAAAACCACAAGUUCAGCAGCCUCAAGCCCAGUCUAUCCCUCAUGUUCCAUCUACCCAGCAAGUUCGACAAACACAGCAGUUGCAGAUGCAGGCUCAGCUUCAAACACAGCACCACCACCAGCAGCAGUUACAGCAGCCUACUUUGUCAUCAUUGCACCAGGUUUCUGGAGUUGCAGGUCACCAAAAUAUUCAGGAUCCUGGUUAUACACAAUUACAGGUUGUAGCUGGUUCAGUGAAUGACCCUACACGCUUCCAACAGGGCCUUCAGGCUUCUCAGGAGUGGAUGUGGAAGAAUAAGCCAGCAGGAACUUGAAGUGGCUGAGCAGAAAGUAGAAGUAUAGAUGGCACAUGGGCAUGUGGACUAUACUGAGCUAAAGAAUCUGUGUGAAACUCGCUCAAAGGUUAAGGCAUGCAACUUUUUCCAAGCUAAAAUGCUAAAUGGAUUGUUUAAUGCUAUUUGAGCCUUCAGUUUUCUAUCCUUUGUUGUGAGGUUUUACUGUCUCACAGGAAGUAGCUCAGUGAAUUAGAAGCCUGUGUGCCAUUAGUCAAUGGGAGCAGUGACUCGCCUUGACUGAGUAUUAUAAUGUUAUUUUUGUGUAACAUAAUUCAUCGCCAUUAUCAGCUUUCGAUUUUGCAUCA